CAAGACAGAAGAGAAAAGCACUGUCAUUUCCGAACAGCACAGUGCUAGAGUAAACUCAGCAUGAAAAAGGAAGAAGUUGCAUCAUGUUAGAAUUCUUCCUCCACAACCUGGAUUUUUACAUGAGAACGAUUUGGUUAAAAAGCAGAGGAUUUUARAACAUACUUUGAAAUGGAGUACUUUGAGAAUGAGCUUUUUAAGGACAACUGACGUCUGACUGCUAGUAAUACUGAAGGAAUUUUUCGAAAUGAGCAUUGUUAUGAAGCCAAGAUCCCGAUCUACCAGCUCCUUAAGGACUGCCGACGCAAUGUGUUUCGAUGUAGACAAUGGUACAUCAUCAGGACGAAGUCCCUUGGAUCCCAUGACAAGCCCUGGGUCAGGGCUAAUUCUUCAGGCAAAUUUUGUCCACAGUCAACGUAGGGAGUCUUUCCUUUACCGGUCGGACAGUGAUUAUGAUCUGUCUCCAAAAUCCAUGUCCAGGAAUUCCUCCAUUGCUAGUGAUAUACAUGGAGAUGACUUGAUUGUGACGCCGUUUGCUCAGGUUCUGGCCAGCCUGCGUACUGUCCGGAAUAACUUUGCUGCCCUAACCAAUUUACAAGACCGGGCACCCAGCAAACGAUCACCAAUGUGUAGCCAACCGUCUAUUAACAAAGCAACUAUCACAGAGGAAGCCUACCAAAAGCUGGCUAGCGAGACCAUGGAGGAGCUGGACUGGUGCCUGGACCAGCUGGAGACCCUGCAGACCAGGCAUUCCGUCAGCGAGAUGGCCUCGAACAAGUUUAAAAGAAUGCUCAACCGUGAGCUAACCCACCUGUCUGAAAUGAGCAGGUCAGGCAACCAGGUCUCAGAAUUUAUUUCAAACACUUUCUUAGACAAGCAACAUGAAGUUGAAAUCCCUUCUCCAACACAGAAAGAGAAAGARAAAAAGAAGAGGCCAAUGUCCCAGAUCAGUGGUGUCAAAAAACUCAUGCACAGCUCCAGUCUAACUAAUUCCAGUAUUCCCAGGUUUGGAGUUAAAACAGACCAAGAAGAAAGCCUUGCCAAGGAACUUGAAGAUUUGAACAAGUGGGGCCUUCAGGUUUUCAGAGUAGCGGAGUUAUCUGGAAACAGACCUUUGACUGUCAUCAUGCACACUAUUUUUCAGGAGCGGGACUUGUUAAAAACUUUUAAGAUUCCAGUAGAUACUUUAAUAACUUACUUGAUGACCCUGGAAGACCAUUACCAUGCAGAUGUGGCAUAUCACAAUAACAUACACGCUGCAGAUGUUGUUCAGUCAACCCAUGUCCUACUAUCAACCCCAGCAUUAGAGGCGGUGUUCACUGAUUUGGAGAUUCUUGCAGCAAUUUUUGCGAGUGCGAUACAUGAUGUGGAUCAUCCAGGGGUUUCAAACCAGUUUCUUAUCAACACAAAUUCUGAACUCGCUUUGAUGUACAAUGACUCAUCAGUACUGGAGAAUCAUCACUUAGCUGUGGGUUUUAAGCUGCUGCAGGAAGAAAAUUGYGACAUUUUCCAGAAUUUGACCAAAAAACAGAGACAAUCAUUGAGGAAAAUGGUCAUUGACAUCGUACUUGCAACAGAUAUGUCUAAGCAUAUGAAUCUACUGGCUGAUUUAAAAACCAUGGUUGAAACUAAAAAAGUGACCAGUUCUGGUGUCCUGCUUCUUGAUAACUAUUCAGACAGAAUUCAGGUGCUUCAGAAUAUGGUGCACUGUGCUGAUCUGAGCAAUCCAACCAAGCCGCUCCAUCUCUACCGCCAGUGGACAGACAGAAUCAUGGAGGAAUUUUUCCGUCAGGGAGACCGGGAAAGAGAGAGGGGAAUGGAGAUAAGUCCCAUGUGUGAUAAGCACAAUGCAUCUGUAGAAAAAUCACAGGUGGGUUUUAUAGAUUACAUUGUUCAUCCUUUGUGGGAGACAUGGGCAGAUCUCGUUCACCCAGAUGCCCAGGAUAUCUUAGAUACACUGGAGGAUAAUCGAGAAUGGUACCAGAGCACAAUCCCUCGAAGUCCCUCUCCUGCAGCUGAAGAAAAGGAGGAGGGAAAGCAGGGGGGUCAAACUGAAAAAUUCCAGUUUGAACUUACACUGGAGGAAGAUGGUGAGUCAGACACCGAAAAAGACAGUGGAAGUCAAGUAGAAGAGGACACCAGCUUCAGUGACUCCAAGACUCUUUGCACCCAGGAUUCAGAAUCUACCGAAAUUCCUCUUGAUGAGCAAGUAGGGGAAGAAGUAGAAGAGGAGGAGAACCGAACAGAGCCUUGUGUUGUAGAAGAACAUUCUUCUGACACAUAACAAUGAAGACGCAGUCUCCUUCACUCUUGCUCUCUCCCUUUCUUUUCUUCUUUCUCUCUUUUUUUUAGGGGGGAAUUUUGGUUUUGUUUUGGAUUUCUUUUUUUUUUUUUUUUUCAGGUAUAAGUAAUGAUUUCCAAAGUAUAUGUCACAUAUUACAACCAUGGUCAGAACUUGGUGUUAUCUGCCAGGAUGAUUGUUGAUCAAAACUGAUGUUGAUGACUCAGUUUGGCACUCAGGAAUAUUGUAACCAGAAUUUUCACCUCCAUGGCGUCAGAAAGCAGGGGGAGAACAUCCAUAAAUUACAUUUUAAUAAGGUCUGUAUUUGGCAGAUUCCAUUAAACAGAGCAGAGGCUUUCAGAGGAGUACUACCUGCCAAACAAAUGUUGGUGUGCUUUGAUAGUUUUUGAAUUCAUUGUAUGAUAUUGCAAGGUGUUGGAUAAUGUUUGUCUGUAGAGGAAACAGUCAGGAAAAACAUUGAGGUUCCUGCUGGAAAAAUCAAAUUCACGAAAAUGAUGAAACGUGACAUGAUUCUGUUACCAACAGGAAGAUAAGCUGUGAAAAUUGCAUAAUUUUCUAAUUUCUAGUUUUCUGAGACAUGACUGAAGAAGGUGUGACCCAGUGGGUUGCACUAACCUCUCCAUUUUGUAUAAUAUGUGAGAGAGAGAUCUUUUUUAGAGCUUACUUUUAUUAAAUAUACCAAGGUAUUAUAUUUUAAAAGAACCACUUUCAUCUGCCACUGGUUAUUUUUUUUCCAAAGAGUAACUUACAGGUUUUCAGUACAAAUCUGUACUACACUGGAUAAUACUUCUAGGGGUUUUUCCUUUAAUUCUCUUUUUUUUUUUUUUUUUUUUUUUUUUUUUUUUUUUUUUUUUUUUUUUUUUUUUUUUUUGCACCUUAGAAUGUUGUGGUAAUAUGGAGCUGUAAAAGUCUAUUCUUUUAUAUGUUAGUGAGUUCCAUGAAUAUCUUCUGUGUUACAUAAAACUUUUUCAGUAUGAUAGCUUUUUUGUCGCUUUUUUAUCACAGUUUUCCCAAAUGUGUUAGUGGACUUAUAUAGUGCUUUUUGCUCAUAGUGGCCUGAUCCUGCCAACUCUGUCUUACUACAUGAAACAGUCCCAGUGAUACCAGCUGGGACCAAUAACACUAGGAUUUACAGGACCAGAGCCUGUAAAAGGAGUAAUGAAUUGUCAUCAGUACAAAAACAGCUCUUUUGCUAUACUAAUAAAAUUUGUUCCUCUGAAACACAUUUUUUAGACUAUUUUUUGGCUGGGAGYUAUAGACUGCUAAAUCAGAACAGACUAAUAUAAUGUAUGAAAUAUUUGUUCUGGUGCAAGAAAACAUUAGUGUAAUAUUUCCAGUUUAUGAUUCUUUUAAUCUGGGUAGCUAUCCAAUUAAACCAUUUGCUAAUCUGAGAGGUGUACGACAUAGAAAUAAUGAUUAGUGUUAUUGUUGCAAGAAGAGCCAGGCCAGUUUUGUUUUUUUCUAUUAUUAAGUAAGUAAGCAGUGCAUCAUCAGAGUUGUAGUUUACUCCAUAUUAUUUCAAUCUUAGAUCUUUUCAUCCUUUAUCCGGUUUAUGCUAAAGGAAUCCUGCCUUUCAGUUUGAUUGGUACCGAAAGCUUCCAUAACUUGGAAACCUAAAGGGAGGUAGGAGUUUGUGUUUGUCAUUUUUCAGUCCUGUUUGGUCACAUGAAAGAAAAUAUUUUAUUUCCUCCAUGUUACUCUUCAUUAGAACUGUAGUUUGAGUGUAGAAGAUGGGAAACAGUGUCCUAGGGAGGCUAGCAGACUCCCACGCUGUAAACUUCGGUUAAAAGGACAAUAUCAAGAUAAUUUCUUAACAAAAGGUGAUAGCAGCACCCAUUAUUUUCCCUUGGAUUUUUGUGUAGCAAAUUUGCAGAUAUGAGUACAGGUACUUUUAAAUUACCAGAGAUUUAGAAUAAAAGUCUAUUAGAAAAUAAUUGGCUAAUAAUUUAACUUUAAAAUGCAUUUUGCAUUCUUUUAUAUCCAGGUAAUAGUUUUCUCUAUCAUUAGCCCUCAUAGGGCCUUAGGACCGAAGAUGUAGAAGGAGAAAAAGAAUGAAGAUAACUCAUGUGGUAUUUUGUGUUUUGACUAUUUUUUUAUUUUUUUUUUUUAAUUUUGCAUCAUUUUUUGCUGAAUCUGAUCCAUCUAAAAGUCCUUUCAGCCCCCAAGAGUGCCUGGAACCUCAGUAAUGGAAAAGCAAUAUAAAUUCCAGAAUAACCAGUAGGACCUGGAAGGUUUAGUUUCUGCACUAAUUGAAAGUAAAUAAACAUGAAACCAUAUUGUGAGAUAUACACCUAUACAUGUGGACAAUCAAAUCAUAGAAAAUUAUAUCAUUUCUUAGAGUUGGGGAUAUAAUGCACUGUACAAUCUUUUUUUUUCCUCUUUUGCCAAAGUGUGUUUUAGCAUUGUACACUGCUUUAAAACUAUACAAUUUACAAGUGGCUUUAUGUGUUGUGAAUAUUUUUGCCAUAAAAAACACAGUGAGUGGUUAUUGAGUGAGAGCAAACAAAGAAAAAUCACCUUGUUUAUAACAGUACACUUUAGCUUGCAAGUUGCUGUACUCAGUAAUGCUGUGUUUAAAUUCUUAAAUUGUUUUGUGUCAUUAAAAAAAUGAUAAUGAAAGGAUAUAGAUAGAACAAAUAGCAUUCAGAAGUUAAAAAACUUGAACGAAAUGGAUUUUAUAGAAAGCUUUGACAGUUCUUUUCAAACGCGUUAUUUAUUUUUUGUGCCAUGCAUUUUUCUCACCAAAUGACCUUACCUGUAAUACAGUCUUGUUUGUCUCUGUUUACAACCAUGUAUUUAUUGUAAUGUACAUAAUGUAAUGUUAAUUGUAAAUUAUCAGUUCUUAUUAUAACAUCAUCCUUGUCGGGGUGGUGUUGCUGUAUUUGGAAACUCUUGGUGAGAGAAUGACUAUUGUGUAUACAUAUUCCUUGUACAUUUCUUCUCCUGUAAUAUAUUCAGUGUCACCACAGAGCUCGUUUAUGGAAGAUUCAAGAAAAGUAUAAAAUACAUAAAGAUAUAUUGAUUAAAAAAAAAAAAAAAGCCGCAGGUCUUUGGUCCCAGGGCUGUGCCUUAACUUUAAACAAUAUUUUCUUGUUUAGCUGCAUUUGAAAGUAAGGUAGCCUUGGGGCUAGGGCUGGGCAUUUCUACCAUAUUUUUAGUUGCUAACCGAUUGGGGAUACUCUUACGAGCUAAUAUGUGUAAUACUACAAUAAACUUUCAUUCUUGACCCUGCUGGAAGUUCGAGCUUUUGCAGACUUCUGGUAAGGUAAUUGUAUUGUCUCUGAAUAUCUUUUUACAGCCUGUAAUUGGGGAUUAUUGCAGCCAUUUUUUGUUCCUAAAAAAGAUAAAUAAUUGAUGCUGCAUUUCAGUGCUGAAAUGCUCUGAAACAGCUUUGGAAAGCAUCUCUAAUAAACAUUUGAUUUAAAUGCGUAUUGUGAAAUGGAAUGAUGAGAAUUAAGAGGGUGUAACUCAUACACUUUUACAAUCAUCUGUAACGUCUCUUUAGUAGCACAAAUGAUCACUGUAUAAGCAGAAUCCAUAGUAGGAUAUACAACUUCAGUCUUGGAAAUGCUUUCCAAUAUUAGUGUUACAAGUAGCCAAAGUUUAUUUUGUAUAGGUGUAGCUAAAGCUUUGUGCAGAUGUGUGUAGCAUAGUGCACUAGCUCUACAGAAGAGCAGCAAACUGUUAGAUGUUUUAAUAACACUACUAGUAGGUUUGCAGGUUGGACUGAGCAACUCUUGCUGUUUAACUUGUCACAUUGCUCCAGACAACUUGGAGCUGGUAUCAUUGAAUUUGCCAGAGUGAGGUAAAUACCUCUUCUCCAUUCCAGUGGUGCCCAGCCCUUCUAACUUGCGAAUUAUUCAUGAAAAGAGAAAUUCUUUUCCAAAAAAAAACAGAAUCACAUUUUUGACACAAACUGUAGAUUUUAGCAGCCCUGGCCCAAAGGAAUUCGAAUGCUUUUGUUUUAUAUGGUCUAAAAGGGACACUAUAACAACAGAAAACCUGAACAAUUUCUUGUUAUUGUUUUAAUUCGGUAUUUUCUUUGGGGAUGUCCUGAAAGUGGCAACUUGUGUGAACAUUGCACAUGGCUAUUCUGUCACUGGUUUCUUAGCCUCUCUUACAGCCUAUGGGUUAGUACUGUACAUCGAUACCUUCAUAUGAAAUUUUAUAUGCAAUGGAAAUAAAAGCAUGUGUUGAUUCUGCCUAGUUACUGUAUUUGAUAUUUUUUUGAAAGUUAACUUUUUUUUACAUGCUUCGCAUAGUUUUGACAGCUUUAGAGAAAACAUGUUUUCAGAAGAAUUUGAUUACUGUAUGUUGUCAGAAUAGCGUUUUGCAUAGCUAAUAUAAAAUAAACGUGAGCAAAUCUGCAAAGUCAAUCAAAAAUGGUGUUUCUUAAUGAGACUAAUCCACAAAGGCGUGACAUGUAGUUAUGUUGGAAAGACAUACAGCCUUGGUUUUCAGGAAAUUUUACCACUGGCUUCAAUGGCUUUAACAAAACUAGAUGUCUAGAGAUUGUCUAGAGGAGAAAUAUGCUGGGAUACCACAAACAAAACAAAACAAAA